CAAGUUGUGUGGAGCAACUAUAAACAAAAUAGUACGUUGAAGUACCUCGUUGCUGUAAACCCGCAUGGUGCAGUAAUGUUUUUAUCCAAGACCUAUGGAGGAAGAGUUUCUGAUAAGGAGUUGACGUUAUCAUCUGGAUUUAUGGACCACCUACAAAGUGGCGACCAGGUUCUGGCUGAUCGUGGCUUUCUCCUGUUCGAGGAAUUCUAUGAAAAAAAUGUUCAGCUGAUAACACCAAGCUUCAUAAAGAACCGGGUGCAGCUCCCUGGACAAGAGGUCACAACCUCAAGGAGAAUUUCCUCAACACGAAUUAUUGUUGAGAGAGCCAUUGGUCAUCUCAAGAAAUGGCGCAUAAUGACUGGGACUGUUCCCUACACAUUAGUGGAUGUUUACGACGAAAUCACAACUGUAGUUGCUGGGCUUACAAAUCUUUGCCCACCACUGUCAAAAAGAGGCGAGGCUGCACCCACUGGCAUGGCAGAUCAGUUGGAGCUGGAUGGCCUGUGUUAACCUGUGUCCAAAAGUCAACAGCAAAGCAAACUGC